AUGGAGAAUCCAACAAUAACUAAUGGUGAUCAAGCAGCAAAAGAACAAUUAGCAGCGCAUCCUCCACUAGUUCCAACUCAUCCAGAUGAAAAAGAAAACAUUUCAGAACCACAUAUUAUUCCGGAUGGAGUUUCACCACCAAUACAACAUCCACUUGAUCCAUUAAAUGCUGAUGAAGUUAAUUUAACAACACGUUUACUUAAAGAAUCAUCAAAAUUUCAAAGUUAUAUGCGUAUUAUAUCAAUUACGCCAAAUGAACCUGCAGAUAAAAAUUAUGUUAUUAAUUUUAAACCAAAUGAUCCACUAAAACGAUCAGCAGUUGCAACAGUUCGGGAUCCAAAAGGUCGAACAACAUACAUGGUUGUUGUUGAUUUAACAAAAAAAUCUAUUGAAAGUUUUACUGAAUUUAAAAAUGUUCAACCAAGUUUAACAUUUGAUGAAAUGAUUGAAGCUGAUAAUGCAUUACGUGCAAGUGAAUCUUUAUUAGCUGCACUUACUAAACGAAAUAUUAAAAUGGAUGAUGUCGUUUUUUAUCCAUUUUCAUCUGGUUAUCGUGAUGAACAAGAUUCAGCAUCAAAACGACGAAUAUUUCGUCCAUAUGCUGCAGUUAAAAAAUGGGAGCAUGAUAAUUACUAUGCUCAUCAUAUUGAUGGUAUUGUUAUAACUGUUGAUUUAGAUUCAUUUACUGUUGAAGUUGAAGAUUAUAUGAUUGUACCGGUACCUCCAAAAUCGGCUAAUUAUGAUCCUGAAGGUAUUAAAUCACCAGAUAAUGUACCUUAUUUUCCUGAUGGUAUUCGAAAAGAUCUUAAACCAUAUGUUAUAACUCAACCAGAGGGUCCAUCAUUUCAAGUAAAUGAUCAUGAAAUUACAUGGCAAAAAUGGCGUCUUAGAGUUGGAUUUAAUGCUCGUGAAGGUCUUACAUUAAAUAUGGUUGAAUAUUUUGAUCAAAAUCGUUGGAGACCUAUUCUUUAUCGAGCAGCUAUUAGUGAAAUGUGGGUACCGUAUGGUGAUAGUAGUCGUGGACAUAGUUAUAAAAAUGCAUAUGAUGUUGGUGAAGCUGGUAUGGGUUUAUUGACAAAUAGCUUAGUACUUGGAUGUGAUUGUCUCGGUGAAAUUCGAUAUUUGGAUGCUGUUAUUAAUAAUAAUCAAGGUCAAGCAAUAUUGCUAAAAAAUGCUGUUUGUAUUCAUGAAGAAGAUAUUGGAAUACUUUGGAAACAUACUGAAUUUGUUACUCAACGCUCGCACUGUCGUCGUUUAAGACGUCUUGUUGUUUCAUCUAUAAUAACGGUAGGUAACUAUGAAUAUGGUCUAUUUUGGUAUUUUCUACAAGAUGGUGCAAUUCAUUUUGAAGCCAAACUUACUGGAAUUAUUGCACCAGGUGCAAUUGAAAGUGGACAAACACCGGUAUCCGGUGGAUUAGUAGCUGAAGGUUUAUAUGGUCCACAUCAUCAACAUUUUUUUAAUAUGCGUAUUGAUUGGAUGCUUGAUGGAAUAAAUAAUUCUCUUGUUGAAAUUAAUUGUGAACCUUUACCAAGAGGACCAGAUAAUCCAGAAGGUAAUGCUUGGAUAGCAAAAGAAAGAGUUUUAGAAACUGUUGGCGAAGCACGCCGACAACAUGAUGCAACAAAAGGACGUUUUUGGAAAAUAAUUAAUCCUAAAGUUAAAAAUCAUGUUAAUCAACCAGUUGGUUAUAAACUUGUACCAUCUGGUCCAGCAUGUUAUCCAUUAUGUGAUUUAGAUUCUACACAAGGUGGUAGAAGUGCGCUGGCACGUUAUCAUUUAUGGGGAACACGAUAUCAUCCGGAAGAAUUUUUUGCAGGUGGUCAAUUUCCUAAUCAAUCUAAAGGUGAUGAUGGUGUUGCUGUUUAUAGUGAAAAACAUAAAGAUGAAUCAUUAGUUGAAUGUGAUCUUGUUACAUGGUAUACAUUUGGUACAAAUCAUGUUGUUCGGCCUGAAGAUUGGCCUGUUAUGCCUGUUGAAAUUGUUGGAUUUCGUUUACAACCUUUUGGAUUUUUUGCUGGUAGUGCAGCUAUGGAUGUACCACCAUCAGUUCCAAAAUGUCAUGGAACAGCAUGUGAAAAUCAUUAA